UACAGGUGAAACAAACAUUGAAAAUGGUAGCCUCUUUUUAUAUUACUAUUUCGUUAUGCGUGUUCGUUACUUUUUUUGCCUUAAGUGCGACUUUCAGUUGUUUCCAACCACAAACUUUGGAUGAGGAACAUCGUGUUAAGAAACUUAAAUCACGUAAAAGCUUUGGUAGUAUUUCUUCAAAAUGGCCAAAAGUAAGGAGAAUGUUUAACACUAAAAACAAAUUCACCGACACACAAAAAACGCCUGUAUCGCUUAAGAAAAACGGAAUUGAUCAGGAAGAUGCAAACAUACCAACAUUAGCACCUAGUAUUCCGGGAGCUUAUAACCCAAUGAUACAAAACGAAGAAGACUUAUUUUCAACUCCUCUGGAAAGUUUUAGAUAUAGCUCUGAAAUAACUGGCAUAGAGGACGACGAAGAAUUUCAUUCGGCAAGAUUUGAAAUUCAACUACCAAACGACGAGGAAAGUCGUGAAAAUAAGGACUUUGAACCAAGUCAAAUAAUUAAUGAUCCAUCGCAAGUUUCUGAUUCACAUAAAUCAAUUGAAAUAACCCAGGACAACCGAAUGAACAAUCAAGAUAUAUUGCAUAUUCCUGAAUUACCUAGACCAGCAGAAAUAAUUCAAGAAAACUUAAUAAACAAUCAAGAUAAUUUAAAUUUGAUAUUGUCGGGAGAACAAAGUCCACUGUCAAACAACGAGGAAGACAGUGAAACUGUGAAUGUUAAUCCGAUGUAUCAAAAACUGCCGACGGAAUACUAUUGGGAUACUGAAGUUUUCGCGUACACAGACAACUUUUUUUACGAUGCAAUGGAAGUAUUUUACAGAUGCAUUUUGGUACACCCUGUUCUUAGAUAUGACACCACGUUUCUUGGUUCCAAAAUGGUACACUUUCAUAUGAAUAACGUUAUAACGAAUUGGGCUUGCCAUAUGCUGAAACGAAGACCUUAUGCCACAAAAAAAGCCGUAAUGGACGACAUAUCACAAGAACUUUGUAAUAGGCUUAGCGACCGAGGCAAAAAAGAAAUCGACGGCUACGACAAUUGUAUAGAAGUAGUGUUAAUUUGUUCUGAGAAGUUUACUACUAGGUUGUUGGAUCUCAGUAAUGUGUAUUCAGUUCAUUCGUUCUAUGGUAGUAUAAUAAGUCCUCCGAUAGAUGUUGAUCCGCCACCGAAAAACGAAGACGAAUAUAACGUAAUCAUUUUUUGUCCUUAUGGUGGUCCUGAAGAUACACAAAUGUCACCGCCAAUACUAGCAGACCAACAAAACGAUUUGCUUGGAACUUAACACAUUUCCUAUACUUUUUGAAGAGGUAUUUUUGUAAGCAUUUUUAUUUUUUCAG